ACGCUACACACAAGAAAGAAACCAUACAACCGCCAGGAAUGUGGAAAAGAUUUUACUCCAAAUUCAAACCUUCUGAAUCAUCAGACUGUACACACAAGAGGGAAACCAUACCAAUGCCAGGAUUGUGGGAAAUAUUUUCCUAGCAGUUCAAACCUUUUGGCCCACCAGAGGGUCCACAAAGGAGAAAAACCAUGCCAAUGCUUGGCCUGUGAGAAAUAUUUUUCUAGCAAUUCAAACCUUCUGGUCCACCAUGGAGUCCAUACAGGAGAGAAACCAUACGGAUGUGAGGAGUGUGGGAAGUCUUUUUCUCAGAAGAGACUCCACACUGGAGAGAAGCCCUACAGGUGCAAAGACUGUGGAAAAUGCUUUGCUACGAAUUCAGAUUUUACAACUCAUCAGAGAAUCCACACAGAGGAGAAACCAUAUAAAUGCUAG